AUGGAUAAUCUUGCACAAAAAGGUGAUGAAAUUUUGGAGCCAGGACAUCCACUGACAGGGACAGACAGAAUGAUAAGCUUGGCUCCUCAGACAGAAGCUUCUUUCAAAAUUUCAGCUAACUUGAACAUCUUUCCACCACUGCUAACAAAUCUAGCAAUAACAUCUGCUAAUCCUGCUCACAAUGGCCGUGUGUGCAGCACAUGGGGCAACUUCCACUUCAAGACCUUCGAUGGGGACAUAUUCACCUUCCCUGGGCUCUGUAAUUACGUUUUUGCCUCCCACUGCAACGCUCCCUAUGAGGAUUUCAACAUCCAGAUUAGGCGUGAAGUGGUGGCAAACACUCCAACCAUCAACCGCAUCACCAUGAAACUCGAAGGUGUUGUUGCUGAACUAACAAAAGAUGCUGUCAUGGUCGAUGGCAACAGAGUUCAACUGCCAUAUAGUCAAUCUGGUAUUACGAUAGAGAAGAGCAGCAUUUAUGUGAAAGUUGGCAGCAAAAUCGGUGUUGUGUUAUUGUGGAAUGAAAAGGACAGCAUUCUGCUGGAAUUGAAUGAGAAAUAUGCCAAUCAGACUUGUGGACUUUGUGGUGACUUCAACGGCUUUCCCAUAUACAAUGAGUUCAUUUCAAACAAUAUUAAGAUGACAGCCUUGCAGUUUGGGAAUAUGCAGAAAAUGGAUGGGCCAACAGAGCACUGUGAAGACUCCACUUCUAUCCCAACAUAUAACUGCUCUGAUAAUCUCGAUGACAUAUGCGAGAAAACAUUGACCAGCUCUGCAUUUGCAGACUGUAAUGACCUAGUUGAUGUUGAAGACUACAUCAAGACUUGCCAAGAUGACUUGUGCCGCUCUGCAGAAUCUAAAAACAGCACGUGCAUCUGUGACACCUUUGCUGAGUACUCCCGGCAGUGUGCUCAUGCUGGUGGGCAGCCCCUGGACUGGAGAACUUCAAAACUGUGCCCCAAGAAGUGUCCUUACAACAUGCAGUACCAGGAGUGCAACUCCCCCUGUACUGAUACAUGCACGAAUCCUGAACGAUCUCUGUUUUGUGAAGAGCACUGUAUUGAUGGCUGUUUCUGCCCUCCAGGGACUGUAUUUGAUGACAUCAACAACUCUGGCUGCAUUCCCCAGCAGGAGUGCUCCUGUAUUUACAAUGGCAAAACCUAUGCUACAGGAGCUUCUUUUUCAGAGCCAUGCCAGACCUGUACCUGUAAUGGAGGCCAGUGGAGCUGCCAAGACAAGUUAUGCCCAGGAACGUGCUCUGUCGUGGGAGGCUCCCACAUUUCCACAUAUGAUAAGAAGCACUAUGAUCACCACGGAGACUGCACCUACGUCCUCUCUAAGGACUGUAAAGAUGAAAAAUUUACCAUCCUGGCAGAACUACGCAAGUGUGGCCUGACCGACACCGAGACCUGCCUGAAGUCAGUGACCCUCAACAUGAAUAAAGGACAAACUAUCGUGGAGGUCAAACCUGAUGGCGGUGUGUUCGUGAACUCCAUCUACACCCAGCUGCCCAUGUCAGCAGCUAAUGUCACCAUGUUCAGACCUUCCUCAUUCUUCAUGAUCAUGGACACAAGCUUUGGCGUCCAGGUUGAGGUGCAGUUCACACCCAUGAUGCAAGUGUUUGUGCGUCUGGACGCUUCUUUCAAAAACCAAACUUGUGGUCUCUGUGGAAAUUUCAAUAACAUCCAAACUGAUGACUUCAAGGUCAUAAGUGGAAUAGUUGAAGGAACAGCAUCAGCAUUUGCUAACACAUGGAAAACUCAGGCUUCAUGCCCCAAUAUCCAGCAGAGUUUUGAGAAUCCUUGUGCACUCAGCAUUGAUAAUGAAAAAUACGCUCAGCAUUGGUGUGGACUGCUCACUGACAGCACAGGACCUUUUGCUGCUUGUCACUAUGCAGUGAAUCCCGCUGUUUACCACACGAACUGCAUGUUUGACACCUGUAACUGUGAAAAUAGUGAGGACUGUCUGUGUGCAGCUCUGUCUGCCUAUGUGAGAGCUUGUGCUGAAAAAGGAAUCCAGCUGCAGGGAUGGAGGACUGAUGUCUGCACAAAAUACACCACCUCAUGUCCCAAAUCCCUGAGCUACAGCUAUACCAUCUCUUCCUGUCAACCCACCUGCCGCUCUCUGAGUGAGCCUGAUGUCACAUGCAACAUCAAGUUUGUCCCAGUUGACGGCUGCACCUGUGUAAAUGGAACCUACAUGGAUGAGAGUGGCAAAUGUGUGCCUGCUAAUGAAUGCCCCUGCUACUAUAAAGGAUCUCCUGUACCAUUUGGAGAAGUGGUCCAUGAAAGUGGGCGUGUAUGCACUUGUGUCCAGGGAAGACUGAAUUGCAUUGGAGCACCAAAUCCAACUUCAGUCUGUGAAUCUCCCAUGGUCUACUUUGACUGUCAAAAUAACACAGCAGGAACAACAGGAGCAGAAUGUCAAAAAAGUUGCCAGACUCUGGAUAUGCAGUGUUAUAGCUCACAAUGUACAUCUGGCUGCAUAUGCCCAGAUGGGCUUGUGUUAGAUGGAAAGGGUGGUUGUAUUCCUGAAGGGGAAUGUCCAUGUAUUCAUAAUGAAGCCAUGUAUCAGCCUGGGGAAAAGAUCAACUUCGACUGUAACACCUGUGUAUGCAAGAAUAGGAAGUGGGAAUGUACCAAAGAUCAAUGUUUGGGCACUUGUGCUGUUUAUGGAGAUGGUCAUUAUAAUACCUUUGAUGACAAAAGGUUCAGCUUCAAUGGAAACUGUGAAUACACACUAGUCCAGGACCACUGUGGGAAAAGUGGCACAGUCAAUGGAACCUUCAGAGUUGCCACUGAAAAUGUUCCCUGUGGCAACACCGGGACAACUUGCUCAAAGUCUAUCAAAGUUUUCUUAGAGAGCUAUGAGCUGAUCCUUGGUGAAGAGCGUGUCAGUGUCGUAAAGAGAGGACAGAAUGACGAGGUGCCAUACACAGUCCGCUAUAUGGGGAUGUACCUGGUAAUUGAGACCAAAAGUGGACUGAUCCUCAUGUGGGACAAGAAAACCAGCAUCUUCAUCAAGCUCAGCCCUGAUUUCAAGGGCCAGGUCUGUGGUCUCUGUGGAAAUUAUGAUGGCAACAGUGUCAAUGACUUUACUACGAGGAGUCAAUCUGUAGUAGAGAAUGUCCUAGAGUUUGGAAACAGCUGGAAAGUAUCCUCUACAUGCCCUGAUGCUUCCAGUGUCAAGGACCCAUGUUCUACCAACCCUUAUCGGAAAUCCUGGUCAGAGAAGCAGUGUAGCAUCAUCAACAGCAAUGUCUUUGCUGCCUGUCACUCUCAGGUUGAACCAGCAAAAUAUUACCAAGCAUGUGUGACAGAUGCUUGUGCCUGUGACACUGGAGGAGACUGUGAUUGCUUUUGCACAGCAGUAGCUGCCUAUGCUCAAGCAUGCAGUGAAGUUGGUGUAUGCGUAGCCUGGAGAAGCCCAACAAUUUGUCCACUGUUCUGUGAUUAUUACAAUCAGCAAGGAGAAUGCGAAUGGCACUAUAAGCCUUGUGGUGCUUCCUGUAUGAAGACCUGUAAGAACCCAAGUGGAAAAUGCCUCAAUGACCUGCCAGGUUUAGAAGGCUGCUACCCUAACUGCCCACCAGACAAGCCAUAUUUUCAUGAGGAUCAGAUGAAGUGUGUUAGUCUCUGUGACUGUUAUGAUGAUGAAGAUGGAAAGAUAUAUAAGCGGGAUGAAUGUAAUAUAUGUGAGUGCACAUCAGAAGGUUUACAGUGCAAGUUUGAUGAUAAAGAAAUGACAACUGCAACACCAGUGACAACUGUAUGUGUGAAAAAUGUCUGUGUGUGGUCAGAAUGGUAUGAUACCACUCAGCCUGAAAACAAAGAGGACAGUGGAGAUUAUGAAACAUAUCAAAAUCUCAAGGAUAAAGGAUACAGUGUGUGUACAAACCCAAGCGAUGUUCAAUGCAGAGCCAAAGAACACCCAGAUACUGAAAUUACCAACCUUAACCAAACUGUAGAGUGUAGUCAAAGCAGAGGAUUAAUAUGCAAUAACCAGGACCAAGAAUCUAAGCAGUGCUAUAAUUAUGAAAUCAGAAUAUCAUGCUGCAGAUACAUACCAUGUUCAGAAGCACAAACUACAACACCCACAACCACAAGCGAAUUCACAACUACUGCUGUAGAAUCAACACCAUUUACAGUACAGACAACAAUAAUACCAACAACACAAAAACAAGAAAGUGAAGUAACUACAACACCAAUGAGAGACCGAGAAAGAACGACGACUCAAACCGAAACGUCAGUAACAGCAACAACAUCACAAUUCUCAACAAGAGGGUACCAAAUCACAACUACUGCAGCAGAAACCUCCACUGUGGUAACCCAAGCUCCAUCACCACCCAAUACCAUCUCCACGCUCCCUGAAUCAACACUACAAACAACACCGGGCACCACAAUAAUCUCCAGUACUACAGCCCUGCCAACACAAGGCACGACUGUCACGACACCCAGACCAAGAGUGCCAACACAAGCUACCACCAGUGCCAGCAUCGCGACAACCACCAGGGAAAGCACCAGUACAUCUACAGAAGAAACUCUUCAAACUGUAUUACCCACUGUUGCUGUUCAAACAACAUCAACAAUUACUGCCUCCACCCCUGAAACAAAAUUAAGAACCACCACAGGCACCACGGCUGGCCCCAGCACCACAGCCUCAGCCAGAGAGGGCACAACCAUCAUCAGCACCUCUCCGCCUCAGACUGAAGGUACAACCAUCGUCAUCCCAACAACAACAAGAGUGCCCACACCAGCCACAAGCACUGCCAGCACCUCCAGGACUACUGAGAGAAGUACCACAAGAGCUUCUGCCACCUCUGCUCCAGGAGAAACCUCCACUGUGGCAACCCAGUCUACAACAUCUCCCACAACACCCUCUGAAGUUAAAAUAAGAACCACCACAGGCACCACGGCUGGCCCCAGCACCACAGCCUCAGCCAGAGAGGGCACAACCAUCAUCACUACCACCACCAGCACGUCUCCCCCUCAGACCGAAGGCACAACCACCAUCACCCCACCCACAACAAGAGUGCCCAUGCCAGGCACCACUACUGUCCGCAUCUCCAAUACCACAGACAACUGCGUGGUGGAGAGCUGUGCCUGGACACAGUGGUUUAAUGUGGACUCCCCUACACCGGGCAGCGAAAAUGGAGAUUUAGAGACAUUUGAAAACAUCCGAGCUGCUGGUUAUGAGUUGUGUGCCAAGCCUCAAGACAUCAAGUGCCGAGCUAAAGACUACUCUGACACCAUGGUGAAAAUAAUGGAACAGAAAUUUGACUGCAGUCUUGACAGGGGGCUUGUGUGCAGAAAUAAGGAUCAGACUAUUAAGUACCCCACCUGCUUUGACUAUGAGGUCUCAGUGCUGUGCUGUGAACGAAAACACUGCCAGACAACAGUACCAACCCCAGGAACCACUGUAAGCACCUCGACAACAUAUUUCCCAGCAGAAACGACCACUGUAGCAACAAAACCUGCAGCAACACCAACUCCUGCUGCCACACUUCCACAGCAAGAAAUAACAACCACUGUAGGAACAACAAGUACCCACUCAACAGAAGGAACCACCAUCGUCACCCCAAGAUACACAGAGCCAAUGAAAAUACAAACCACCACAAGCACCACGGCUGGCCCCAGCACCACAGUUUCAGCCAGAGAGCGCACAACCAUGACCGCUACCACCAUCAGCACCUCUCUGCCUCAGAAUGAAGGUACAACAACCAUCACCCCACCCACAACAACAGUGCCUACCCCUGCCACCAGCACUGCCAGCACCUCCAGAACCACAGCAGGAAGCACCACAAGAAGCUCUGCCACCUCUGCUCCAGGAGAAACCUCCACUGUGGCAACCCAGUCUACAACAUCUCCCACAACACCCUCUGAAGUUAAAAUAAGAACCACCACAGGCACCACGGCUGGCCCCAGCACCACAGCCUCAGCUAGUGAGGGCACAAGCAUCACCACUACCACCACUAGCACUGCCUCCACUUCACCUGAAAUAAGAUUAACAACCACUUCUGGCCCCUCAGCUGUGUUCACUACCACUCUUCCUCAGUCUGGAAGUACUACAGAACCAAUACCUGAUGUCUGUGUGAUUAACGGAACAUUGUACACGGUUGGAAAGUCAGUAGUAAUUGAUUCAUGUAAGAAGUGCACCUGCAGUUCUGAGAAGGAUCCAGAGACUAAUGCAAACAUUAUGCAUUGUGAAACAGUUCAGUGUGAGACAUCGUGCCCGCUGGGUUACCAAUACAUGACUGAGGAAGGAGAGUGCUGUGGGAAAUGUAUUGAAGUAGCUUGCAAAGUCAAACUCAGAAACAACACGGUUCAUGUGCUCAAUGUUAACGAGAUCCUGCCACUCGAUCAGUGCAGCCACUACAAAUGUGAAAAAAUUGAAGAUCAGUUUGUUGCAGUCCAAACUAAGAGAGUAUGCCCUGAGUACGACCCCGCAGAGUGUGAUCCUGUCCCAGGGUUCAGGCUUGUCAGCCUGACCUUGGUGCCAGGGAAGGACAUGGAACUAAUUAUCUUGAGUGUGAUCACGGAGUACAUACAGGGUAAAAAGGAGAUCAGGCCCAGCCAAGAUGGGUAUGGGAAGGCAGCUGCUGCGUGA